UAUGUAGUAAAACAACUCUUUAAAAGAGAGACUGAAAUGUAAAAUAGAAUUUGGGAAGGAUGAAGAGACAGCGGAAAUAAUUAGUUUAAGCGUUGUUGAUGAUGCUUUAAAAUUUGAGGAUAGAUAUGAAUCAUUAUAAAUACUGGGUAAUAAUAAUUUGAGUAAUGUAUAGGAUAGGGAGCACAUGCAAUAGUAAAAUUGGCGAGAAGAAAAGAAACUAAUGAAUUAUAUGCAGUAAAAAUAACAAGAAUGAAUAAUGAAGAAAUAUAUAAUAAUGUGAAGAGAACAUUUUAUAAUGCUCGGUGUCUUCGACAUCAAAACAUUAUAUAAGAAAUUGAAUUGUUUAUAAAUGAAAAAUAUUGCAGUGCCUGUUUGGUUAUGGAAUAUUGUCCUUAUCCAACACUGGAAUAAAUUUUAUUAGAAAGAGGAAUAUUGAGAGAAGAUGAAACUAGACAAAUUAUAAAGCAAUUAUUAAAUGCAAUAUCACAUAUACAUAGUAAAGGAAUAAGUCAUAGAGAUAUCAAGCCAGAUAAUAUAUUAGUAAAUAUAGAUGGUGAAUGUGAAUUAAAAUUACUUGAUUUCGGUGUUUCAAGACGAUUUUUAUAAAAAUAUUAACAUAUUGAAAUGCUCACUAAAACAGGUAAUAUCUAUUACUGUGCACCUGAAAUAUAUCAUUAAGCAAAUUAUUCAAAAGAAGUAGAUAUAUGGAGUGUAGGUGUUAUUAUGUUUUAAUGUAUGACAGGUGAAUUACCAUUAUAUGCUAAUUCCAUUAGUGAUCAAAUAGAAUUACUAAAAUCUCCUGAAUUAUGGAAUUUCAAAAAUAAAGUUAAAGAAGAAUCUCUUAGUGCUUAAAAUCUAUUAUUUAGACUUUUAUAGGCAGAUCCAAAAAAGCGAAUUACUUCGAUUGAUGCAUUAACACAUCCUUUUUUAGAAAAAAAUUAAAUAUUUACAACUUUAGCUAUUAUGUCAUCUAAAAAAAUUAUAGAAGAUGAUGAUGAAUUUGUAAAUAAGUGUAAAUCUCUACAAACAAGUUUAUCUAUAAAUUAAAAAUAGAAUUUGCAUCGAGCAUUAAAAACUUUACAUCUUGGUAUAGAAAAUCAUGAUAUAGUAAUUGAAGAUUUAAUUAAUUAACUGGGCAAUAUUCAUAUAGUAUAAAAAAAGAAUGGUGAAAAUUAUCCAGGUUUAAUUUAGUUAAUAAAUUCUCUGGGUAAUAGUUCAGGUAAUAAUCAAAUAGAAGUAAACAAUAGUAAUAGUAAUGGAAAGUGUAAUUUAGGAAUAGGAUCAUCUUAAAGUAUAUGUAAAAAUUUAUUUAUUUACAUUAUUAGUUUCUAAUGAAAAUUAAACGCAAGAUUGUUUUGGAGAUCUUUCUAAUAUACAAUCUAGUGUUGAACUUGGUAAUACAGGAACUUACAUUUAACAUGAUGAAAGAAAAAGAAAUCCAUUUGUAAAUUAGAUUGGUAGUAGAAUUGAAUGUAGCAUCGAUAUUAAUUUAACCGAUAGUAUUUAAGAAACUAGUCUAACCAAUCGAUGUAAUCAAUUUAUUUCAACUCUUGAUGUCUUAGGAAUGAAAGAAUGUGAUGAAGAGGUAGAAAAUACAAUUUGA